CUUCGACAAAACCAAUUUUUGAUUUUCAGUUUGCAGUUUUCUCUCUCUCUCUCUCUCUCUCUCUCUCUCUCUCUCUCUCUCUCUCUCUCCUCAAAACCCUUCAAUCUUCUUCGCUUUUCUUCCCCCCCUUAAUUCUCCCUCUCCAAUUUCUCUUUCUAGGGUUUCUCCCCCUUUCUCUUCUUCUCUCCGGGAUCGCAACCUUCUUCAACUUGCUUCAAUCCUCCCUCCACCCAUGGAUGCUGAUCCCUGGACUUCUCGCCUUUCUUCUGCUUCUAAGCGCUACCAAUCUUCUCUUCUAUCACGAUCUGGUAUGUUCAUGGGGUUUGAAGAACUUGAAGGGGAUGAUGAUAUAAGAGAAGAGUUUCCCUGCCCGUUUUGCGCAGAAUAUUUUGACAUAGUUGGAUUGUGCUGUCACAUUGAUGAAGAACAUCCUAUCGAGGCAAAGACUGGGGUUUGUCCAGUCUGUGAUACGAGGGUGGGAGUUGACAUGGUUGCGCAUAUAACCCUGCAGCAUGCAAAUAUUUUCAAGAUGCAGCGUAAGAGGAAAUCUCGUAAAGGUGGUUCACACUCAACUCUCUCUUUGUUGAGGAAAGAGCUUCAAGAAGGAAAUUUGCAAUCUCUUUUUGGGGGUUCUUCGUAUUUAGUUACCUCCAAUUCAGUGCCUGAUCCACUGCUCUCAUCGUUUAUUCUACCUUUGUCUGAUGACUAUGGCAAUGUUCAACCUCGCUUGUCGGCUGAAUCAAGCUCUGUGAAGAGUAAUUCACAAGUCAAACUAUCAGAACGCGUCCCGUCGUCGUCGCCUCUGUCCAUGCAGGACAAGGAAGAGAAAGCGAAACGAAGCGGGUUUGUGCAAGGGCUGUUAAUGUCGACCAUCCUUGGUGAUAAUUUAUGAAGAGACAGUUGUGUUGUUGCACAAAUCAAAGUUGGCUGCUGCAAUAGGCCCUCCUUGGUUUUCAAGCUCUCAAAUUACUAGUAUUAUGCUUCAAUGAGUGUCAAAAUAAGGUGUAGUGUAAUUUAUUUUGCUUGUAAAACACCAAUUCUUAGGCCUGACAACACUUUUAUUUUC